UAGUUCUUGCAUUACAUCUCUAUUUUGUGUUCUUAAACAUAAUGAAAAUAACAAGUGUUCUUUCCAGUGGAUUCAACCAUUCAACCCUCCCUGAAUCUUACGUUCGACCUGAAUCUCAAAGACCCAGCAUGUCUGAAGUUGUUGAUCGUGAUGAUCUUGUUCCAGUUAUCGAUAUGUCUUGUACUGAUAGGAACGUUAUCGUUCAUCAAAUUGGCGAAGCUUGUCGUCUUUAUGGGUUUUUCCAGGUGAUAAAUCACAGUGUAUCAAAGAAGGUUAUGGAUGAAAUGUUGGGGGUAGCUCAUGAAUUUUUUAAGCUUCCAGUGGAAGAAAAGAUGAAAUUGUACUCAGAUGAUCCAUCAAAGACUAUGAGAUUAUCAACUAGUUUUAAUGUUAAGAAGGAAACUGUUCAUAAUUGGAGAGAUUAUCUUAGGCUACAUUGUUAUCCUUUGGACAAAUAUGCCCCUGAAUGGCCUUCUAAUCCUCCUUCUUUCAGGGAAAUAGUGAGCAAAUAUUGCAUGGAAGUUAGACAACUUGGAUAUAGAUUAGAAGAAGCAAUAUCAGAGAGCCUAGGGCUUGAAAAAGAUUGUAUUAAAAAUGUGUUGGGUAAACAAGGACAACAUAUGGCUAUCAAUUUUUAUCCUCCAUGUCCACAACCUGAACUAACUUAUGGGUUACCAGCCCAUACAGAUCCAAAUGCAAUUACAAUUCUUCUUCAAGAUUUGCAAGUGGCUGGCCUUCAAGUUCUUAAGGAUGGAGAAUGGUUAUCUAUUAAACCUCAACCUGAUGCAUUUGUCAUCAAUCUUGGUGAUCAAUUGGAGGCAUUGAGUAAUGGAAAGUAUAAAAGUAUAUGGCAUAGAGCUAUUGUAAAUUCAGACAAAGCAAGGAUGUCUGUGGCUUCUUUCCUCUGUCCCAAUGAUUGUUCCAUUAUCAGUGCUCCAAAAACCUUAAUUGAAGAUGGAUCUUCAGCCAUUUAUCGAGAUUUCACUUACACUGAAUAUUAUGACAAAUUUUGGAGCAGGAAUUUAGACCAGGAAUAUUGUUUAGAACUUUUCAAGAACGAUGGAACCUAGUACUUGUAUGAGUUUAUAACUUUUGUAUCGACCUAAGUGUGG